AUUACGAGAUUUCGAGAUUACUAUUUUCAGAACAAGGUAUCUAUCUCGGUUUUAUUUCAAGCGUCAAUGAUCUCUCGGUGAAAAAGUGAUAUUUUAUAUAUUUUCAGUGUAAUCGGAUUGGUCUGUUUGGUGCUGUUGUCACGAGGAAUGUGUGAAAUAUACUCUACGUUGAAGCAAAAUCUUUGUUGAACAUGAAAAUGAAGGAGGGAGUUGAAAUUCAGCAGAUGAUGGCGGUGGAGAGCUGUUUGUGCACCUUUCAGUGCAUGCGACUGAGGAUCGUCUAAGCAUAAGGAUAGCAACAGAAUCGUGCAUGUGUUCUUUCAGGCGCUCUAAACAAUAUCGUAAUUCGUAAAACCUGAAAAAUCUUUGUAUGCAGUUGGCUAUAAGUUGUGUCGUCGAAUUUUGUAGUGUGCAUUGUCAUUAAACCGGCGGACGAUAAAGCUCAACUUCAUCUUUUAUAUGGAAUUUGGCAUGCGACUUAUGAAGCUUUUCUUAAUGUACUGUUCAUUGAAUGUUACACCAGGCGCAAAUAAGGGUUGACCUGGAAUAAUAAAACGACGCAUGCGUAGAAAAGUAAAGUGUUGUGCGUAAAGAAUCUUAUCGGAAAGAACUGUUUGCAUCAUAGUUAGUUACUUUUCACAGCUGAACUGAAAAACGAUCAAAUUUAAAUUAUGGAACAAUUCACUCGUCGCGUACUGUAAAUAUCUGCUCCCCAAGGCAAGUUGUGAAAGGUUAUAGGAAGUGCACGAUAAGACAACAUGUCUUCGGGUACGUUUGUGGAUAGAAUAGAUCCGUUUGCGAAGCGUUCCUUAAAGAAGAAGACUAAAAAAUCGCAGGGCUCAUCGAGAUAUCGGAAUUCGGCAGAUUUAGAACUACAGCCCCUCCCUCUUCUAAAAGAUGUCCCUUCAUCAGAACAAGAGGAACUCUUUAUUCGCAAAUUACGCCAGUGUUGUGUGGCAUUUGACUUUAUGGAUCCUGUGGCCGACCUGAAAGGAAAAGAGAUAAAGCGAGCAACCCUCAAUGAACUUGUUGACUAUAUCACUGCGGGUCGGGGUGUCCUCACAGAACCAGUAUACCCAGAGAUUAUAAAGAUGAUCUCUGCCAAUCUCUUCAGGACACUUCCGCCAAGUGAAAACCCUGAUUUCGAUCCAGAAGAAGAUGAUCCCACGCUGGAAGCAUCGUGGCCACAUUUACAGCUGGUAUACGAGUUUUUCCUGAGGUUUUUGGAGUCGUCCGAUUUUCAGCCAACUAUUGGAAAAAAGGUCAUAGACCAAAAAUUUGUACUUCAGCUGCUGGAUUUGUUCGACAGUGAAGAUCCUCGAGAACGAGAUUUCCUUAAGACUGUGCUUCAUCGUAUAUAUGGCAAAUUUCUGGGGCUCCGUGCAUUUAUUCGUAAACAAAUAAAUAACAUCUUCCUAAGGUUUGUCUAUGAAACUGAACACUUCAAUGGAGUUGGUGAGCUACUUGAAAUUCUAGGAAGUAUCAUCAAUGGAUUUGCACUGCCACUGAAGAAUGAGCACAAGCAGUUCCUUGUUAAAGUGCUACUACCACUUCAUAAAGUAAAAUGUCUCUCUCUCUACCAUGCACAGUUGGCUUAUUGUGUUGUGCAAUUCCUGGAAAAAGAUGCUACCCUUACAGAACCUGUGGUGAAGGGGUUACUGAAGUUCUGGCCUAAAACCUGCAGUCAGAAAGAGGUAAUGUUUCUUGGAGAAAUUGAAGAAAUUUUAGAUGUUAUUGAACCAACACAAUUUGCGAAAAUACAGGAGCCACUUUUUAGACAAAUUGCAAGAUGUGUUUCCAGCCCUCAUUUUCAGGUUGCUGAGCGUGCUUUGUACUUCUGGAACAAUGAAUACAUCAUGAGUUUAAUAGAAGAACACAACAAUGUGAUAAUGCCAAUAAUGUUUCCAGCUCUGUACCGAAUAAGUAAGGAACACUGGAAUCAGACUAUUGUGGCCCUUGUGUACAAUGUGCUCAAAACAUUCAUGGAGAUGAAUAGCAAGUUGUUUGAUGAGCUCACAGCUUCAUAUAAAGCUGACAGGCAGAAUGCACCAGACCAAACUUUGGCCAAUAACAAAUGAUUAAUGACGAGAUUGAGGUUUGCAGCGUAUCGAAGGGAAAAGAAGAGAGAAAAAGAAAGAGAUGAGCUGUGGAAAAGGCUUGCAGAACUGGAGGUGAAUAAUAAAGUAAAAAAGAAAUAACCCUAACAUGAUUAAGUGAUGUACUAUAAAGAAGAAUCAUAGAACUUUAUUUGCUGUUAUAUUUGUUGUGUGAUGAACGUGUGUGGUGACCAGACUACAAGCUCUCGGUGAUUGUCAGUGUUAGUCUGGUAGAGCAAAUGGGAAAAGCAGCAGCCAGAUUGGUGCUAAGCUAAAUUUGUAAGAAUGUGAUUACUUCAGCUUCUAACUUGUCUUGAGAGUUGGGAACAUGAUGUCAGAAGCUAGAAGCAGCAAGACUGGGCGGGCGGGAUUAUUGUUCACCUCUGUGUGUACCUCCAAACCCAGAUAAUUCUUAGCAGAUAAACUGAAUAUUGAUGUGCAUCCACCAAGUGCUACUGUUCUGCACAAAUUGUUGGCAUUUCCACUGACUGAAAUCUUAAUAAAUAUUAAAUAUAUUUGAUGAGAUAUUGUAUAGCAUGUAUACAUUUAAAAAUGCCUCAGAAAAUAAAUCUGCAACAAAAUUAAUGUGUAAAUCAAAAGUUUUAUUUAAGUGUGCUUUUAGGCAAGUUGUUUACUUUUCAGAUGAUUGUAAAUUCAUCAGUGCUUCUCCUUUCUGUUUAAAGUUCUGUUUUCUGAUUUUUUUCCCCCUAAAAUCCAAAUAGUCAAAGUUUCACUGUUUAUUUUUGUGAUGUUGGAGUAGAUAUUUAUGGUAAUACAACAUUAAAGAAAACAGUUUUUGCCUAUAUGACCUGUCAGUCUUUUAUAAAAGAUAUCAACUGAGCCUUCGGAUGUGUGGAGCAGGCUUUGGGUGCCCCUUUUUUUAUUUCUGAAAUGAAUUCUUUCACAUUUUUCCAUUCCUUCCCCCUAAAAAAUAACUUUGUGUGAAACAUUACCUGCCAACAUCACUUUGAAAUAGUAACAUUUGUAAAUGAUCAGAAUUUUGUAAGUGCUAAUUGUUUUUGGAAAAGAGAGUGGUUGACUGCACAUUAUUUAUUUAUUUAUUUAUUUUGAAGAGCUGAAUUUGUAAGGUAAUAUUGGACAAUUUUUUCCAGUCUGCUGCUGAGUGACUGUAAUGUCAUAGUAUUAGCAAUCACAUUGUUGUUCAAAUAUUAAAAAAAGUAUAUAUGUAUAUUCCACAAAAGAACUGUAUUCAUCAGUCACCUAGUUGUUGGACACUUAUUAGUUUAAUAAAGAAAUGCUUAAUGUUUUACUGGAAUUGUUCUGUCAUUCUGUAAUAUUAUCAAUUCCAGAAUUGUGUAUGAGGCUUGAACAGAUGCUAGCAUUAUGUGGAUUCUCAUAAUUGUUUUAUAGUGGUCGCAAAAUGAAAUUUAAGCUGUUUUUAGAGUUCACAGGAUAAUUUUAGGUUAUGUUUUCUUGUAAUAUAAUGAUUUAUUAUUCUUGUUUUCUUUUUCUUUUGUAAAAAUUUCACUUUAUCAUUGUUCAGUAUACCAGUAGCAGGUAAUGUUUAUUCUGUUGAGCAGGAUAAAACAUUUCGAGGCAGGACCUCUUUGAUGUUAGUUAUGCUUAAAAUAGCAUUCCAAUCAAAUAAUGGAAUUCACAAACCCGUCACGCCCUGCUCUUUGUAGCAAUGAAUAAAUGGUAUUUGUGCAGAUACCUUGAAAGUGAUUCAGAAAAUUUGGGAUCAUUUAUAUGCCUUUGAUUUGUUAAUCUAAACAGAUAUGUGUCGGUAUUUAUUAUGCAAAGACUGAUGAAAGGGUUACAGUAAGCAGUAAUGAAAGUUGUCGAGCUCCUGUCAGUCAGGCUUCUUAUUGUGCCAGAGCCCACGAAUGUUACUAAAAAUGGGCAAAUUUAUCAGAAUUUAAUCACUAGUCUUAGAAAUAACAAAUUAUAACAGAUGCUACUGAUACUGCCAUUUGCAAAAGCAAAGCUAUCAGUCUCACACUGUAAAAGGGUGCACGCAGUAGUCAUGUUUAGGCAGCAGCCCCAUACAUUAUACAUGUGUAGGUGUGGGUUUAACAAUUUCACUUGAUUAUUGUAAUACAUAAGUAUCAUGAUUCUUCUCAAGUGCAUUGCUUUUUGUUCAGCUUCUAGUGUCCAAACAUGGUUUUAUUCCAAAUUAGAAAAAAAAAACAAAUUUCAUGUGCUUUUUCUUGACCAUAUCUUUGAUACUUGAACACUAUUUUGUGGGAAACAUCAUGUGAUUGACCAUGCAUUCAGUUUUCACAUGCCAUGGUAUAGGACAAACACUUUUCAAUUAUGAACUGAGAGCAGUUGUCAAAAAAAGUAAAUUCUGCAAUUACUAAACCAGAUUGUGUCUUCUAACUCUUCAGGAAUGAUUUGCACUUGUUAAGUAGCCAAAGAUGAUAGAACAAAACUAAAAAAAUUGGUUAUGUGAAAGAUUUCCAUGAAUUAAAACAGCUGCUAACUUGAUACUUACUUACAUUUUCAGUUAAUAAAAACCAAUUCUUAUUUGUGAGCAGUGUCAGUAUGUAAACAGUUUGAUAGUGCAUAAUAUUUGUACCUAUCAAUCUACCUUAAUUUCCAUUGUAUACGUAAUAGAGUUAAAUAUCAUACAUAAACAUAAUUUUAUACAUAAUUUUGCUGUGGGAUUAUUUAAAAACAUGACGGCAUAGGCACCUACCCAAGGGCCCCCCCCCUCCCCCUGUUUACGCCUUAAUAUUCACUACAACCCCCCCCCCCCCCCAAAGACCCCAAAUGACCCCAAUGUAAGACACAAAGCAUGUUCUGUUGUUUGAAACAACAGAAUAUCUUCCAUUUGGCUCCUGUUUCUCUUCUUAUUUUCACCACUAGACAGGUUGAGUUAGAACUGCUCUUUUCUUUUCUUUUUUUCUCCCUCUUUUUAUAAAUGUUGUGAUUCUCACUGCAAUUUACACAUCGUCAGUUUCUUAUUUAUUGUCCCCUUUGUACAGGGAUGUGUAAGAUACCAUGUUGAUGAUGACUGAAUUAUCAGAUACAGAAAAACUGAGGAAACCAGCAUGUCAGCCAUGUUCAAUAAGAGGGAAAUUAAUGGACCUGUAAUAUGUGAGGUCUGGUUUUGACCAUGAAGUGACACUGUCAACAACAAUCAUUUCAGCACUCUUAUGUGCUGGCAAAUACCUGGUCUUUUUUGGGUAGAGCUCUAGAGCAUUUGGUUUGAGAGAGAGAGAGAGAGAGAGAGAGAGAGAGAGAGAGAGAGAGUGUGUGUGUGUGUGUGUGUGUGUGUGUUUUUGCAUGCUCAGUUAUUCCCAUCAUUGGUUUUAUUGCCUCAUUUUAUAGUUGCGAUGUGUAUAGUUCUAAAAAUAUGUUCCUACAAAAUUCCUGUACAGAAAAGAUGUUCUAAAAAUCUAAAAAUUCAAAGUGACUGAUGAGAUUGCAGGUUUUAUCUUUUGAUAAAAAGGAGAAACUUUUGGCUUUGAUAUGACAAGAGUCCCAGUUCAUAAACAGAAUGUACCUUUUGGUAAUGUAACAGUUUGAUUUUGUAAAUGAUGCGAUUAUUCAUUUGUAAACUAUUCCCAUGCACAGUGAACCAUACAUUCUGAAGGCCAGUGGAAGUUUAUAAAGUAUGUGAGCCUGUACUGUGAAAUGUGAUAAAUGUUAAUGGGACAAUUUUGUCACAGAGCAAAACCAGAGAUUUAUCAUGAGUACUAUAUAGAUUUUUUUGACAUUUCACAUUACAAGGCAUUAAAGAAAUCACAAAACAUUUUAUUCUUGUUUCCAGCUUAUCAUUACAAAACAUAUGGUGUAUUUUGUUGUAAUUUGCUGUGAUUCAUAUUUUUGUGAUCAUCACAAAACUUCCGCACAUACGUAUUUGUGUAUUUGUGUGUGUGUGUGUGUGUGUGUGUGUGUGUGUGUGUGUGUGUGUGUGUGAGAGAGAGAGAGAGAGAGAGAAUUAAAGUGUGCUUGUACACACAAAUUUUGUUUUGUGUAUCUGUUGUAUUAAAGUGAAUUACAGAAAUCACAUGUUUUAAAGUUGUCUCCAGGAUUUAACAACAGUUAUUAAUUCAUGAGUAAUAAUGAUGUGUAUGUAUUUUACUUCUGAAUUUGUUGAAUGUUUUUAUUGUGUGCAUGCAAGGAUGUAAGAAUUCAACUCAUUUUUGCUUUGUGAGACUGUAAUAAUUGUGUUCUGUAAUGAGGAAGAGUCAUUCUUGCACAUAAUGUCAUUUCUUAGUUUUAAUACCUCCACAGUGCUGUUUACUAACUUUAUAUACAGCUGAUUGAAACCUGAAUGCAUAUUGUCACAUGUUUACUAUGGGCGUUAAAAUACUGCCAUUCUGUAGACUCGUGUCAACUGAAGCUAAUAAAUGUUGACACAUUUACCCAACUAUUCUGUGCCAAAUCACAGAUGACCAUAUAUAUCAGUUACUUUGCAUAACAUAGGAUAAUUCAUACUUGAUUUAAAUUUUUGUAUGCUGUAUUUACUUAGACCUCAGCUGGUACAAACUAAAUGUUGAAAUGUCUACAUGGUUGCCUAAAAAAAAAGGAACAGAAGGAGAAAGAGAGAGAGAUAUAUAUAUAUAUAUAUAUAAAUAUAUAUGGGUAAAAGAAUGCAUUUUUAAGGAAUUGAGUGCUGCAGAGGUGAUGUACAUCAGUAAUUUCUUGACUGUUUAUAUGCCACAUCCCUUUUGUAGAGAAGUGAGAUGUACCUAAAUAAUGUGUAAUUGAAGAAAGUUGUCUUUCUCAGGACAUUUCCACAUAAACAGAACUUGUUACAGAAGCAAAACAACAACUAGUGCUGUUAAUCCACUUUCUCGCCAUUGUUGCAUGUUAGAAACCCUACCCCCAGAUCCAGCAGUGUUAUUUUAUAUGUAAAUAAUGUGCAUCAGUGAGAACAUAUACUUUCCCAUUUCUUCCCUCCAGAUUUGAGAAGUAACGGAUCUGAUGGAAAAUGCCUUUUAUAGGAAUCUGAAGUGUCAUGGAAACUAUUAGUAUGUAUAUUGCAUUGAAACCAAAUUUUAAAUGAAUAAAGAGUUGCAACUUGUGCUGUA